CACAAGUGACCUGGUCGUUAUUGAUUGUUGGCUUAACCGUCAAAGCAUGUCCACCCAAUAAGUUUAAAGUGUUCGUGCAUGUUGAUGAUGAUGAGGGAGGGGUAGGUUUUGAGACUACACAGUAUCAGAUACUAGACAAUGACCAUUUUAUGGGGGUUACCAAACAGAGACGGUGAGAAGGGUAGGGGUCCAUCCAUGCUUCCAUGUUUACCAGCAACUCACUGCCAGACAAAUAUGCCCCAGAGACUAAUCAUUAGCCCCACACCACAAUGCUCAUUAUUAUUUUUCAUUUUAAACCACAAGAUCAAAUCUUGGGUAAAACUAUUAUCUCUCUCUAUAUAACAUUGCCUUUCCUUCACCGCAGGCACACACACAUGGGUUUGCCUUCGUAACAUGUCACCUUCUUCCCAAUCACCAUUAUUAUAAUAAUUGCUCUUCCAACUGCUCGUGAUUCCAAAUACAUAGUUACAUACCCUGCCAAACAUUUUAUAUAUAUUUGCUACGUAUCUCGAUGUUUCAUUAGUCCCAGUUGGAUCUAGUCCAAUUAUUAUUCAUCUAGUCUUAGAGGAGUGUCUCAGAAAUGGCUAACCAGGAAAAGCAACACAAGAGAGGCUUCAUGUACAUCUACAAAGGUGGCAUAGGAAAUCAGAGGAAGAAAGAGUUGGAGCAUGGUGUGGGGCAGGACAAGAAAUCCAAUUCACGCAGUUGGUUGCACAAGAUUUCGAGAACUCGAGUUUUUAAUGGUGGUGGUAAUGGUAACAGAGACGUGGGAGGGGAAGAAUUUGUGGAGGCGAGAAAAUCAACUUCUUGUUUAGAGUUAGGAUCACCUGCGGGAGGAUUUGUCGAGGGGAGAAAAUCAGUAUCUUUCGUAGAGACAGCCGCAUCACCCGCAGCAAGAGGAAUCACGGUUGAAGAUGGAAGAAAAUCAGUGUCCCACAUAGAGAAACACUUUGCGGUGGCGGAAAUGGUCGAGGCACGAAAGUCCGUGUCCCACAUCGAAACAUUCUCCUCUGUGGCUGCCUAUCUUCAUGUAAAGGUUUUGGUCUCAGACAUGCCGUCCUUCAUGCAACUGCACGCGUUUCGUUGUGCGAGAAGUACAUUCGAUAGCUUGGAGAAGUUUAGCGCAAAACACAUCGCUCAUAACGUAAAGAAGGAAUUUGACAAAGGGUAUGGUCCUGUCUGGCAUUGCAUUGUAGGCUCAAAUUUUGGUUCAUUCGUCACACAUUCAACUGGCUGCUUUCUUUAUUUUUCGAUGGAAAAUUUAUAUAUUCUACUGUUCAAGACCAAAGUUAAGAAAGCUCUGGAUUAAGGUACAUAUAAUUUAUACAUAUAUGAUUUAAUUAGCAACACCACUUCUUAUGCUACCAAAAAUUUGUAUUCAAUAUAUUCAAAUCAGAUGCCUUGUCUGUAAAUGAAAAUUUACAUGUAAUCAAGCUUUAUUCUU